ACCCUAGUUUCAACUUUCCGGUUUCCCGGCGAAAACCCAGAUGGCAAACAACGGUAACGGCGAUAACAACAAUGAACCAUUACGCCAAUACUUGAUUAACAGACCACCGUCUCUGUUACCAUUACCGGAGAACAACGACGUCACGAUUCCGAUGCCAAUAACACCAUCGGAAUUCAAAAACCGGUUAAUCUUCGGACCACUCCCUCGUUCUCAAAAAGAUUCAUCUCUUCUCAUCGAUGCUCUCUCUCAAAACCCUUCUCCGUCAUCCUCCGCCACAACCUCAUUCUCUGACUCCACAGACCUCCUUAUCCCGCUUACGGAGCCUAAUAAACCGACCCGGAAACCUAAACCGACCGUCAAUUUCCACCGGUCUAAAACAGCUCCUGCUAUGGCUGGAAUCAACGAUAAAUCUCACCCAAAUGAUCCGAAAACAGAGCAAUCUGAUUCGAAAACUAUUGUGAUUAAAGCUGUUGCUUUGCUUAUUGUGUAUCUGUCCUUAGGUGUUCUUAUCUAUUGGUUGAAUCGAGAUAGCUACAAUGUGAAGAAGACUCAUCCUGUUGUUGAUGGUUUGUACUUUUGUAUUGUUACAAUGUGUACAAUUGGGUAUGGAGAUAUAACGCCGGAUAGCGUGGUGACGAAGCUGUUUUCGAUAUUGUUUGUGCUUGUUGGGUUUGGUUUUAUGGAUAUAUUGCUUAGUGGAAUGGUUACUUAUGUUCUUGAUCUUCAAGAAAACUAUAUGUUAGAAACUGCGAGGAAUGAAAGCUUGAACUUGAAUGACCGGGAGAAAGCGAGAUCGUAUAUAAUUGAUGUGAAGAAAGGGAGGAUGAGGAUUAGGUUGAAAGUUGGAUUGGCAUUGGGUGUUGUGGUGUUAUGCCUUGGAUUUGGUGUUUUGAUUAUGCAUUUUGUCGAGAAAAUCGGGUGGUUGGAUUCGUUUUAUUUCUCGGUUAUGUCGGUUACUACAGUUGGGUAUGGUGAUCGGGCUUUUAAUACAUUGCCCGGUAGGCUUCUUGCUGCGAUAUGGUUGCUUGUUUCUACUUUAGCGGUUGCUAGAGCGUUUUUGUAUUUGGCUGAAGCAAGAGUUGAUAAGAGGAAUAGGGAGCGGGCGAAGAAAGUGCUUGGCGAAAACAUGUCUAUCUCUCAGUUCUUUGAUGCGGAUAUCGACUACAAUGGCUGCGUGAGGUACUCAUUUCCUCUCUUUUCUUUCUUAUCAAUUCCCGUGGUUUUCGCCAUUUACUGUUGAUUCGAAAGGUUUGAUUCAUGCACCAAAAGUUUAUUCUUUGAUAAUAGUUUUUAAGUAUCAUUAUUGUUUCCAGGUUCUUGGAAUCAUUUGUUUCUGACAUUCUUGAUUCUGUUGGAAGCUCGGGUUUAUGCGUGUUUUCUUGAACUCGAGGACUCAUAUUCAAAG